AAGCAGCGAGCAGAUCAUCAACAGCAACAGUGAAUCUCGACAUCUUCUCAGGUACAACCUCGCUAAAGCCCCAGGCUUCUGAUGCUACUCUCCUUGCGGUUCCGCGCGGUACGGCCGGUUCGCAAUGCCGCUGCCCACGUUCGACAAGCAUCGACAGCGGUCAACCCGGGUAUGAGCAAGAUCACCAACCUGGACAAAUCGGCCGGAGAUCCACAUGCCAAGGUCAGGGAUAUGAGUAUAUUUCCUAAAGACAAGAUCAGGAAUAUCUCGAUCAUCGCUCAUAUCGAUCACGGCAAAUCUACAUUAGCAGACAGGCUACUGGAAAUGACGGGGACUAUCACGAGAGGUCCUGGUGGGAACCAUCAGGUUUUGGACAAGUUGGCAGUAGAGAAAGAACGAGGCAUCACCGUCAAGGCACAAACGGUUUCCAUGCUUUGGACACACACGGACCGACAAGAAUACCUGAUCAACCUCAUCGACACCCCGGGGCAUGUGGAUUUCAGUUACGAGGUCUCGAGGAGUUUGGGGGCUUGUGAGGGGUGUUUGUUGUUGGUCGAUGCGAGCCAGGGUCUUCAAGCUCAAUCAUUAGCGGUCGAGCGGUCGGCUUCUGCUCAGGGUCUUUCUAUCAUCCCCUGCUUGAACAAGAUCGACCUGCCACACGCCCACCCCGCCGUAGUCUCCGCCGCCAUAACAUCCACCUUGGGUAUCCCCGCAGAUUCGCAUAUGCACAUCUCUGCCAAAUCCGGCUUAGGGGUAAGAGAUGUGUUAGGAGCGGUCAUUGAUAAACUGCCACCACCGGGGGACUGGCUGGAUAGGGUGGCUAGGCUUAGUGGAGCGGAUGUCAGGGAGGAUGCGGAGGAGGUCAAGUUGAAGCGGGUGGGGGAGGAUCCGGAUGCAUUGAGAGGGUUGAUCAUCGAUACAUACUAUGAUCGAUUUCGGGGUGUGGUCUCCUUGAUCCGAGUUUUCACCGGGACCGUCAAGAAAGGCGACAAACUGGUCUUCAUGUCGACGGGCAAGAAGCACGAGGUCCUCGAAGUAGGGAUCUUUCACCCUGAAGAGACUUCGACGGGGCAGUUGUAUGAGGGCCAGGUAGGGUAUGUGGUCUGUAACUUGAAAGAUUUCGAGGAAGCGCACGUGGGGGAUACGGUGACGCAUCCAAAUACUAAGAUCGAGCCGUUACCGGGAUUCAAGCCGUUACAGUCGAUGGUGUUCGCUGGAGUGUUUCCGCUGGACGCAACGGACUUCCAAAAGCUGGAGGAAGCCAUCGGGAGGUUGACAUUGAACGACCGGAGCGUGACUGUACAGCGAGAAUCAUCGGCAGCGCUUGGACAGGGAUGUCGAUUGGGCUUCUUGGGAACGUUACACAUGUCCGUCUUGGUCCAGAGACUCAAAGACGAAUACGGUGCCGAGGUCUGCGUGACGGCACCGACCGUGCCAUAUAAAGUGGUAUACAAGAAUGGACGGGAAGAGAUCGUCUCGAAUCCUGCAUUGUUCCCGGACAACCAUGAUGCGAUCAUGCGAAUAGACCGGGUGGAGGAACCUAUCGUCCAUGCAACGAUUCUUUCGCCACAAGAACACGUGGGUGAUAUGAUGGAGCUCUGCAACGAGCACCGGGGCAUUCAAUUGGACUAUCACUACGACGAAGCUUCAGGGAGGUCUACGUUGCGGUACGAACUCCCUCUGAGCGAGAUCGCCACCGAAUUCUUCAGCAAGCUCAAGAGCCGGAGCAAGGGGUACGCUUCGUUUGACUAUGAAGACGCUGGGUAUACCUCGAGCGAUCUCAUCAAGCUCAACCUCUUGGUUAACUCCUCUCCGGUGGACGCUUUGGCUAUGAUUGUACACCGAGCAUCGGCCGUGACUGUUGGCCGGGAGUGGGUUGCUAAACUAAAAAAAGUCAUCCCGCGACAACUCUUCCAAGUCUCCAUCCAGGCUGCUAUCGGUACCAAGAUCAUCGCGCGGGAGAGCUUGUCGGCGAUGAAAAAGGAUGUGACGGCUGGGCUUUAUGGAGGGCAUUACGAGCGCAAGAUGAAACAACUUGAGAAACAACGACGAGGGAAAGCAAAGUUAAAACGAUUAGGCGCAGGCAACGUCGAAGUGCCUGCCGCGGCGUUUUAUGAGAUCUUGGGAAGUGGGACGAAAGGCGGUAAAAGCUAGACGGUAGGGUGCAUUACUCAAGAACAAGAAGAGAACCAGGACGAGCAUCAAGCAUACUGCAUUAACACCUGGCAGAUUGUCCAGCACACGGGACAAAGCAUAGCCCACGGAGGACUUGGCAUUCGGAGAACAUUGUAGCAUAUCGACAGGAUAGCAUAGAUCUAGACGAGGUUGUAUUUUGUAAAAGGAACACACAUACGCAUGCAAAA